AUGGAUGACUGUACAUUAUAUGCGACUUCACAAUCCACUGCAGUGGCGAUGCUGCGGUAUUACACAAGAGAGGCCUCUCAGGUCCCGUAUGUCUCUCUUAAGAAGUGCGGCAUUACAAACAUUAGUGAACUUCUCUCAGCCUUCACUCAACUUCCCAAUAUGCUCUCAUUGGAUCUUAGUGAUAAUAAUAUUAUUUCACUUCCACAAGGUACGGAUUUGGCUGCAUGUAUGCCCCAAUUGCGUUCACUUGAUCUCUCUAAUAAUCCAUUAGAACUAUCGGAAUCUGUAUUGAUUACAUUACAACAUCUACGGGAAUUGCGUGUUCUUCGUCUUUCAUUACCAUCCAACUCAAGAGUUAAUGUGUGGAUCGCCGAGUCCCUUCCACAAUUGCAAAUCUUAAAUGGAGUGAAAGUCCAUCGAUCUAAUGUGGUAAAAGGUAAUUUAGUGACUUUACCUAAUAUAAAAAUGGAAAGAUAUGUAUGCUCUGAAGAAACUCCAUGUGAUGAUGGGAAUUCUAAACGGAUGAUAUUACAGAAUCCUUCAGUAAUAAAGGAAAAGAAUUUAAUAUUAAAUACGUUAAAAUUAAUAGAUUAUAGUACGAAACUUCAUAAACCGAGUGAAGAAACAUCAACAACAACGACUAGGGAAGUUAGUUUUUUACAACAAACGGAACAUCCUCAACUCUCUCUUCUCUCAGUUCUACGUAUUAUUCAAAGAAUGGCUUGGAGUAAGCAAAGACGAGAAGAAGAACGUCGUCGACAAAAUUUAUUGUAUACACAGAGUGAAAAAUCAUAUCCCUAUCACUAUUAUUAUGAAACCAUGAUUCAGUAUAUGUUUGUAUUUUUUGGAGAACAGUAUUCAACUUCAUCGGAUGCAGAAAUAGUUGAACAUAUUAUGGGAUUUAUACGAUCUCUUCAUUAUUAUGUAGAGGUAGAAAAAUGUAUAGAAGCCUAUGUUUUUUUACAAAUACUUCAUAAUAGAAUUGAGGAAUCGUAUUGGUUAUUUUUUGAAUCUCUUUCUUCAAUGAUGAGUGAUCUCUUGGAACAUAUUGUUUCUUCAGACUCUUUGGAUCUUAAUUUAACUGUACUACAGUCUGAUAUAAAUAGAGAAGAUAAACAAAAUAACUCGUGGAUACAUCAUUGUGCACAUCAUGGGUUUUUAUCUAAGGAACAUGUAUUUCGUAUCGUGGAUGCACUUAUUCCCUUAUCUCAACGGGAUAGUUUAUUACAUAUUGAUCUUGUAGAAGCUGUUGUUAAUCUUUUAUCCGUCUCAGAUAAUAAUAAUAAUAAUAAUAAUGAUAAUAAUAAUAUUAGAUUGGAAGGAUUACAAAGUACAACCGUCACAGCAGGUUGUCUUCUUCGUUGUUUGUGUGAAGUAUUCGUAAAACACCAUGAACGAUCUAUUCAACCUAUUGUGGAGGCAUUUUAUACUAUUAUUGAUAGUAGUAGUAAUGAGGAGGACUCUAUUGGAAUAAUAAACAUGGCACAACUUCGAGAUUUAUUACAAUGUAUGGGUUCUCCUUUGGCUGCCAGCUCUGAGUUCUUUAUGCGUGUACACAUAUCAACUAAUGGACCGUUAGAAGAUGCUCCUAUUACUUUUUCUGCUGUUGUGGAAGCCGUACGUUAUUUUGUUCGGGGAUCUCCUUCAUUCUCUGAAUAG